UAACGAACAGCAAUUCAUUUUUAUAUAUAUAUAGAAGAUAAAAGAUAAAGAUUUGAUAAAGAACUCGCGAAAUGCAUAAUGACAAAAACCCUUCCCCGAAUUGCCCACAGCUGUAGUUUCAUUUCACAAUUGAAUAAAUGAAUAGUUUAAGAAUGCAAACAGUGCAAACAAAAAGUAUAAAAGAGUUCGUUUUUAUUGAUAUAAAUGAUUGUACAAAGCUUGUGAUCGUGUAUGAUUUCAAAUUUAAGCAAAAAGCUGUGCUGUGGCUAGAUAUGUGGCCCAGUGCAUUCGAAUCGAGCGGUGUGACUAUGCCGGUGUUUUAAUCCCAUAGGCAGUGUAUGUUGCCAGGGAGGCGCUCAGUUUGGGCCGGUGUGCGGCGAGCGAGCGUAUGGCUCUGCUGUACCGAGCGACGCGGCUGAAGGACCGCGCCGACACCCAUGUCUUCACUUUUGUGGUCACGCGCUCCGCCACCAGGGAGCCCGACCGCGAUGUCACCUCCAAGGACUUCUGCUGCGCCCACCAGAGAUGGGCGGUCGCCUUCAGCCGCACUGACACCUCACUCGGUGUAUAUCUGGUAUGGAGAGGAGCAUGCGAAGGAAUGAGGGUCUAUGUAGACUUCACUUUUACUCUUCUAAGCCGUGACCAUUUUACAGCCAACGAAGGCUUCUCCGGCAAGCAGGUUCGGUUCAGCGCCGGAUGCGCUGCCCAAGGUCGCGGCAGAUGCGUGUCGCUCGCGGAGCUUAACGCCAAGUUCGCGGACGCACGCGGCGAAUUUCAACUUGAACUUACUAUGUCCCGAGUGCGCACUCUCUACUCUUGCGAGAUACGCGCGCCUCGCCUUGAUACUCCGCCAAUAGCAUUCGCCGGCUUCGACUGGCAAGUUUCAGUCAGCGGCGGGAACAAAGAACCCUUAGCUUUACGUCUCGUUAGAUUGUCUGGCGAAGGGCAGAAAUGCCGAGUUCGUUAUGCCCUUGCGCUUGGCGAGGGCGAGCGGCGUAUACACUCAGGACCUCUAGAGUGUGUCUGUGAUUCUGAGGGACGGACCCCGCCUUGGAACCCUCGUCCGCCUUCUCGCCUACUGCACAAAGGCGUCCGACUUACUGUAGAACUGGUUUGGGCGCGAGCAGUAGCAGAGUUGGCGGUUUCGGCUUCGGGAAGGGCAGCCACUUGCUAUGAUCGUGAUAAGCAAGCGUGGGCACUUCGGUGCGACAUGCAUUCGGAAACAGUGCGUCUGCACAUGCUGUAUAGAGAUGUGCAUCACGUCCCGCGCAACCACCUGCGCUACGUCAGCUGGUCGGCUUGGUUGGUUCGCGCUACUCCUGCAGACUCGGAAUCUGAGGCAGAGGAACUUCCUGGAGCUCCUUUCGAACAUUACUACGCUCAAGACAGUGCUGAUGAGGGUCUCAUGAUGGAGACCGCUUUGCGGGUGGAAGACGUUUCACGAGCCGGUUGUUCUUUUAUGCACCCUGGAGGGGAACUUCGCGUACGCCUCGAAUGGGGCGACACCUAUCUACUCUUUCAAGCAACUUAUCACGUUUAUGAUGACUUGUGCCGUUUACAUGCCCACCAAAUGAGACGGGAGAUUGCAGCACUUCAGGCGGAAAAUUAUUCAUUGGAGCGACAGUUGUUUAGCUAUCAGAAGAGUCUGGCUUAUGCUCAAGCACAGGCGGAGGAGCCACCGGUACCGGAACCCGGCGGGCGGCGGUCGCCGGCUGAACGCUCCCUCUCUACAGACACGGAGUACGCGUGAGACGGGCUCUGACGACCGUUCUCGAUCCUUCUAUCCUCUCGACUGAUUCUGACAUUUUUGAGCGAUUUAUCUAUUUUUCUAGACGUUUUAUGGCGAGGUGCGCCUCGUCCGCACCGCUUCCCGCCGGUCGCCUGCACCCUCGCCGCUCGAUUCUAUUGAUAGCCGAUUAUUAUACUCGACUACUUUUCUAUUUAUCUGUACAUAAAAUAUAUUUAGAUAUUAUAUACUAUGUAUAUUUCUUAACUCGAAACUCGAAUUCAUAUACUUAAUACAGUCGAUUUAUGAAUAAAAGUCCGAAAUCUUAUGUGGA